CUUUACACCGAUGGAGUGAAAUAAUUGACAAUAAACACAUAUCGCGUAGCAGGAGAAAGUGAGGUUGGUCGGAGCAGCCUUGGGGUCACCGUGUCUUCAAUGAUAGAGUUAUAAAGCUCCGUUUAAGCUCGAGCUGCCGUAGGAGAAUGGAGCACAUCCGGACGCCGAAGGUGGAGCAGGUGCGGCUGCUGGAUCGCUUCAGCAACAAGUCCACAAGUGGUACACUGUACCUCACAGCCACACAUCUCAUCUUUGUGGAGGGCAGCUCUAACAACUCAGCAUCUGCUGGACAGGAGAUCUGGAUUUUGCAUCACCAUAUUGCCUCUGUGGAGAAGCUCAGUCUGACCACCACAGGCUGUCCUCUGGUCAUCCAGUGUCGUAACUUCAGGGUGGUUCAUUUUGUGGUUCAGAGAGAAAGAGACUGCCAUGACAUUUACAGCUCGCUGCUGCAUCUUCUGAGGCCAGUAUGCUACGAGGACCUCUAUGCAUUCUCUUACAACCCCAAACAAAAUGACCAGCAGCGGGAGGAAGGGUGGCAGCUCAUCGGCCUGGCAGCCGAGUUUGAGAGGAUGGGCGUCCCCUGUGACCAAUGGCAGCUCACGGAUGUCAACAGAGACUACAAGGUGUGUGAGACAUAUCCACAGGACCUGUAUGUUCCCAUCACAGCCAGUAAGCCCAUCAUUGUGGGGAGCUCCAAGUUCAGAAGCAAAGGACGCUUUCCGGUACUCACUUAUUUCUACCAGGAGAAGAAGGCGGCGGUGUGUCGCUGCAGUCAGCCUCUCUCCGGGUUCAGCGCACGAUGCCUGGAGGACGAGAGUCUGCUGCAGGCCAUCAGCAAGGCCAACCACAACUGCCGGUUCGUUUACGUCAUGGAUACGAGGCCAAAGUUGAAUGCUAUGGCUAAUCGAGCAGCAGGCAAAGGCUACGAAAAUGAGGACAACUAUUCCAACAUCCGCUUCCAGUUCGUUGGGAUAGAGAACAUCCAUGUAAUGAGGGCUAGCCUGCAAAAAAUGCUAGAAGUGAUUGGUGCCCGCUCUCUUUCCAUGAGUGACUACCUGGUGGGACUAGAAGGGAGUGGCUGGCUGCGGCAUAUUAAGGCUGUAGUCGAUGCAGCUAUCUUUCUAACCAAGGCGGUGACAGUGGAAGGAGCCAGUGUGUUGGUUCACUGUUCAGAUGGAUGGGACAGAACAGCCCAAGUCUGCUCUCUGGGGGCGCUGCUCAUGGACCCCUACUACCGCACCAUCAAAGGCUUCAUGGUACUGAUAGAGAAGGACUGGAUCUCCUUUGGUCACAAGUUUGCAGACAGGUGCGACCAGUUGGACGGGGAUCCCAAAGAGGUGUCUCCAAUCUUCACUCAGUUCCUGGAGUGCGUCUGGCAGCUGUCUGAGCAGUUCCCACAGGCUUUUGAGUUCAGCGAGUGGUUCCUGCUACAGAUCCACGAGCACGUCCACUCCUGUCAAUAUGGAAACUUCCUCGGCAACAACGAGAGGCAGAGAGAGGCGUUACAGCUGAGAGAGCGGACUCACUCGCUCUGGGCAUAUCUAAUGAGUGAAAAGCAGAACUACUUGAAUCCAUUCUACAACCCUGCGUACUCUGAGGAGCAUCCUGUCCUGGAGCCGUCCACCUUGCCUUAUCAUUUCAGGUUCUGGAGGAACAUGUACCACCAGUUCGACAGAUCCAUGCACCCACGACAGUCUAUCCUCAAAACCAUUCUUACCCUGAAGGAGAACAGUCGCAAAGCAGAGAGCACACUGGAAGCACUUGAGACUAGGCUCCAACAAGUUGGUGGGACCCCCGUUGCAACAAGCGACCCCCCUGCACAUCCUCCCACCAGAGACCAGCGCUCCCACCCCCUGCCACCACGCCCCGACUCCCUCAUCCUGGGGGCGCCCGUCAACCACAAAGAAGUGCAGCGUCACGAGCAGGAGGACGGGCAGGACGAGGUGGGCGAGGAGGCCUUAGAGAGCACAGACACCGAGCGGACAGUAGAGGGCAGCAGCGGUACAGACAGCAGGAAGCAGAGCUACGGAGAACUUGAAGGAAAGUACAACAAUGAACUGGCCAAAGAAGAGCCAGCUGUGGUCAGUCUGGAGUACGGCGUUGCACGUAUGACCUGCUAAAACCAAACAGAGGGAUUGCGGGACACUGAGUGAUGGGCGUGGAUGAAUGAGAGGGGUACUGAAAGAAAGUGUGGGUUUGUGGAAGCUGUAUGUUCUGUAAAUGAUUGCGUGCUGAUUAUGUAAUGGUCCUGAAUGGGCCCGAAUGGGUGAAGUUUGUAUGUCUGUAUAGUCUAAAUGUAUGGAAAACUUCAUUGUUAUGUCAUAUGCACCUAUAGUGAAAAAGCUUGUUUUUUUUUUUAAUGAAUGUUGUAAAGCACUAUAGAAAUCUCAUGAACAGAAUAAGAUAAUAAAUUCAUCAAUAAAACAGCAUCUUGUAAUUUGUUCAGUUACAAAAUGCAAUUUUAAAGGGCCUGGCCUAGAUAAUAUCCACAGCCAUUUCCCCUCAUAAAAAUCUCAGGGGAAAAUUACAUUUUCUGGCACUGGAAAUCUUUAAUUUCAUCCCAAGGCUGGAGGCCAAUCUAAUCUAAUGUAGUUGAGCUGAUUUAGUGCGGAUCUGGCUGAUUGGAAAAAAAUAGGACAUGGCAGUUUACUUAAUGGAAGAUGGCACAGUAAAUCAUGUACCAAAAAUUAGGCUGAACUUUUUACUACAUCUGACUUAGUGAUGUUUGGUUGAUUCCUCAAGUCAUUUUCAAACUCUCAGGCAUGGUACUUUGCAACAUUUAAACAAAUGAAUGUGUACAAUCCUAACUAUCAAGUUUAAUUUUAGUUGAUGUUGAUAAUCAUACAAUCUGUUUUGGUUUUCCAUCUUUUAUAAUUAGCAUUUCUUUCCUUUCUUAUAGUUUCACAAUCUUACAUAAAUCAAGGUUGUGACUAAAACAUGUUUUGUAUGCAUAGAAAUAUAAUAAAUAAAAGAUCCUUGAAUUGCAGUGAGAACUAGUAUUAGGUAAAUACAACCUCAUCCAAGCAAGAAUGUUUUUACACUUUUUAUGGUGCCAUUCUUUAAAUAACAAAAAUGAAGCAUCACUUAAUGCACACGUUCAAUAGCUGUGGAUCCAUCUGUAGCAGCACUGUUUGACAGUUUCUCACAUUGUUAUGGAGGAAUUCAGGCCCAUUCCUCUGUAAUGUUGCUUCUUUUACUGAUUUUUUUUGUUCUUUUUAUUGGAGUAAAUUAGCUGGGAUGUCAACUGCCUUGAAAGCUUUGCACUUGUGAAUAAUUUUUCUCACUACUGAACAUUGAUCUCCAAAAUUUUGGAAAUGGUAUUAUGUCCCUUUCACAACUGGUAUGCAGCUACAGAAUUGCUUCUCUGAAAUCAUUUCAUAUGUCUUGCCCUCUUGGCAUAGCGUCAGUACAUAUCUAAAUGCCCCAGAGCAGCAAACUACCUAAACCUUUUUUUUGCUUUUGUUGAAUAAAUUACGGCAUGGUAAGAAAAAAAAAGAAAAAAGUUAUAUAGAAUGUCUGUCAGUCAUCAAUCAUUUAAGCCUGUUUUCAUUUUUUUCCCCAUUGAUUAGAUUAUCUGAUUUACUAAUGUGAGCUGAUCCUCAAAUCCAUUGAUCGUAUCCGUCUACCAUGUCAGUGACCUAUUACUUACAACGGUUGAUCCUGAUCUGCGGUAAAUGGAAAAGAUACAGUACAUCAACGAACAGGCUGGCUGGGUUUUAUGACGCUGUCAGGUCCAACAAUAAAUGGGCUUUCAGAUACUAGAACAUGGGCAUGUGGUGGUGAUGUAGAAAGAUCCAUCAUGCUUCCAACUUUUCUACUCAAAAAAGUAGUCAAUAUUUGUCAACCACUGUCUGGAAAGUUUUCCCCGCUUAGCAACAAAUGCUCAACAUGGGCACUAUUCACCCCGGAGCAUUUCUGCCCCUGUGCUGCUGCCCACACCCCAAGAUAAGUCCAGUACAUUUUUCACUCUUUUGAAAAGCCCAAUAACCCUAAAAGAUUUACAUGUUAUCAAUGAUUUCAGUUGAAACUGGUCUAGAAAAUAUUUACAUAUGUGGAUAGAUAUAAAACCUGAUGGCAGUUAACCGUUUUGGAGCUCCACAUAAGCACGAACUUCAGUUGGCAAAAGAGGAUUUUACAUUUUGACCCAAAUCUACAUCAGAUAUUAUUCUAUUCAUGGAACAGCAGUGUGACACUUAUUAAAAAAAAAAAAAUCUGUUACAUUUACUGAGGAGGCUCUGGGGUCUGUGAGAUGUUACUUUGGCCCACACGAUCACGUUUAUUCAUGAGCCAGACUAUGUAUUUUGGCUCCGUCUGUGAUGGUCUUAUUUGUAAAGGCCGUAGUGGUGCUGUGGUAAUUCCAGACUAAUGUUGUAACAUUACUUCAUAUCAGAGCUCAGAAGGGAUUAAACCUGCAUGGGAUUAGAUCUACUGUACAAAAAAUAAAUAUUUUUUUCAGUGAAAAAACAGUAAAAUGUAAGACUUGUAUGACGUCAGGGUUUACAACAGCAGAUAUUAAACUACUCGUGUGUUUGAUUCAGCCAGUGUGCCACUAAAUACUUUAUGGACUUUGAGUUGCAACAGCAGGGAAAUACUUCCUUCUCAAACACCAUUUGCUUAACCCACUUUGCAGGCUGCGGGAAUAAAUGGAGGUUUGUGCUUGUACACAUAGUCACACAGCAGCGUGACAAAGUGAAGUUGAGUCUUUGACAAAACAGGGCCUGUGAGCAAAUAAGCAAGUCACUGUUCAUUUGUAGCAAUUUGGCGUUAAAAUAGAUUUUUAGUGCAGUUUCUUGCAGUGUGACAGAUGCUGUUUUACAAUCUUCUGUACUGAUGACAAAAAUUCCCAAAAUAAAAAAAAAGAUUUUCUCCCCCCCAUCCGGUUUUUAUUUUUUAAUCAACUGAAAUUAGUCUUAAUUAAUUACUGAAAUGUGUUAAGGAAUAUGUAAUAUGUAUUAUGUACAAAUAAACGUAAUUUAUCAUCUAUACUAUUUUGCUAAUUCAAUGUACUUUUUUAUGGUAUCGAUAGACUGAUUUGUAAGGUUAAUUCAACUCUAACACUUUAUGUUCCCUGCUAGAAAAGUCUUCCUGUAGCCUACUUGUGCAUAUUAGCUUCCAUUAAACAUUGAGAAGCCUCUUUGAGAGACAGCGUGCCGAGGACUCUCCCAGAUCUCUGAAUCAUUCAGAUAAGAGCUGCAUACUAUGAUGGUAGAACACGCCCUAGACAAGGCAGGGGCGCUGUACUUACACUGACCAAAAGUGGAUCCGGUAUUCUUGCAAAAUGUCUAAAUGCUGCUAAUAUGCAAUCCUGAUGAUUUUUGUUCUUUUUGAAAAAAAAAAAGAAUUAACAUUGCAA